AUGUCACGUCCUAGUAAUGCCUCAACCAAGCCUGCCAUGGGCCAAUCAAAACACUCUGGUGGUGGGGGGCCCAGGGGCAAAGGGCUGAAAGACAUACGCAUCGACGAAGAAGUUAAGAUUGCUGUGAACAUCUCCCUUGAGAGAUUUCAGUACAGUGAACAAAAAGGUAACAGGAAAUUGUCAUUCUACUCAUGCUAUGAAGUGGUGCUUCAUGGAGAAAUUUGGAUUAUGUGAUGUAGUAUACUACAUUACGGUAGUUUUUUUGAUUUUACAGAAAUGGAGUUUCCUUCCUCCCUGUCUAGUACUGAGAGGGCCUUCAUCCAUCGCUUUGCACAGUCCCUGGGAUAUAUCUCUAAAAGCAGAGGGUGAGCUAUCCAAAUUGACAUCAGGGGUCAGAGCCCAUAGUCUUUAGGUCAACCUCGGAUACUCCCGUUUGAAAGCGGAACUUGAAUAGAAAAGUUUGUGUAUCCCUCCCCGAUAUUGUACCGUAAGUGUAACUCCCUAAAAGUAUCCAUCAGGUUUACUAAAGCAUGCUGUGCUUCAAGUCUAACAGCCUUAAUUCAUUCAUUUUCAGAAAAGGAUCAAGCCGGACCCUCACUAUCAGAAAGAAGGAUGGCUCGGAGACGGCCCAGUCCAUCAUGACUUUCAACCUUUCCCAUAAUUCCAAGCACGUGGUGCGCAGCCUGCUGCAGAGGUUCCCCAUCACCAACAAGGAGCGCACAGACCUACUUCCUCGCACUGAGAGGGGCUUGUCUGUGGCUAUUGAGGCUGGUGAUUGGCAGUUACAUUUCAGGGUUAAUAAUGCAUUGAUGUCAAUGGGAGACCUUGUCAACUUUUGUUUUUAAUAACAAUGUACUGAUGGAUGAAUAAAUGAUCAAUCUGUUAAAAUAAUGAAUUGACAAUACAAAGUUUUAACAUUCCUCUGCCCCUCUUUUUCUCCACCAGAGAGCAGCCGUGACAAGAACAGGACCAGCGGGCGGCUCAACAACGGCAUCCCCCAGGUGCCCCAGAGGAGGGGCCCAUCUGAACUGGACUUCUUCCGCCGCUCGCUUCCUGUGUACGAGCGCCAGGAGGAGAUCGUCCAGGUCAUCAAAGACAACCGUGUGGUCCUAGUGGUGGGGGAGACCGGCUCGGGGAAAACUACACAGGUGAGGGGGAGAAACAUUUUACAUCGCUGUCCACAUACAGUGCCUUAAGUAUUCACACCCCUGGAGUUUUUCCACAUUUUGUUGUGCCUGAACUUAAAAUUGAUCUAGAUUUUGUGUCACUGGCCUCCACACAAUACCCCAUAAUGUCAAUGUGGAGUUAUGUUUUCAGUUUUUUUAAACAAAUUAAUUAAAAAUGAAAAGCUGAAAUGUCUUGAGUCAAUAAGUAUUCAACCCCUUUGUUAUGGUAAGCAAAAAUAAGUUCAGGAGUAAAACUGUGCUUAACAAUUCACCAUCAGUUGCAUGGACUCAUUCUGUUAGAAAUAAUAGUGUUUAACAUGAUUUUUGAAUGACUACCUCAUCUCUGUACCCCACACAUACAAUUAUCUGUAAGGUCCCUCAGUCGAGCAGUGAAUUUCAAACACAGAUUCAACCACAAAGACCAAGGAGGUUUUUCAGUGCCUCGCAAAGAAGGGCACCUAUUGGUAGAUGGGUAAAAAAAUAUAUAACUGGCAUUGAAUGUCCCUUUGAUCACGGUGAAGUUAUUAAUUACACUUUGGAUGGUGUAUCAAUACACCCAGUCACUACAAAGAUACAGGCGUCCUUCCUAACUCAGUUGCCGGAGAGGAAGGAAACCGCUCAGGGAUUUCACCAUGAGGCAAAUAAUGACUUUAAAAGUUACUGAGUUUAAUGGCUGUGAUAGGAAAAAACUGAGGACAUUGUAGUUACUCCACAAUACUAACCUAAUUGAAACAGAGGGAAGCCGGUACAGAACAAAACAUAUUCCAAAGCAUGUAUCCUGGUUGCAACAAGGCACUAAAGUAAUACUGCAAAAAAACAUUGGAAAAGCAGUUCACUUUUUGUCCUGAAUGAAAAGUGUUAUGUUUGGGGCAAAUCCAAUACAACGCUUUGCUGAGUACCACUCUCCAUAUUUUCAAGCAUAGUGGUGGCUGCAUCAUGUUAUGGGUAUGCUUGUAAUCGUUAAGGACUGGGGAGCUUUUCAGGAUAAAAAAGAAGCGGAAUGGAGCUAAGCACAGGCAAAAUCCUAGAGGAAAACCUGGUUCAUUCUGCUAUUCACCAGACACUGGGAGAUACAUUCACCUUACAACAGGACAAUAACCUAAAACACAAUGACAAAUCUACACUGGAGUUGCUUACCAAGAAGAUCGUGAAUGUUCCUGAGUGGCCGAGUUACAGUUUUGACUUAAAUCUAAUUGAAAAUCUAUGGCAAGACCUGAAAAUCUAGCAAUGAUCAACAACUAAUUUGACAGAGCUUGAAGAAUUUUCAAAAGAAUAAUGGGCACACCCCUGAGUCAAUACCUUUCACAGCGAUUUACUUCUGUGAGUCUUUCUGGGUAAGUCUGGAUUGUACAAUAUUUGCACAUUUUUAUUAUGUUUAAAAUUCUUCAAGCUCUGUCAAGUUGGUUGUUGCUAGACAGACAUUUUCAAGUCUUGCCAUAGAUUUUCAAGUGUUCAAUGUCAUCUUGGUAAGCAACUCCAGUGUAAAUUUGGCCUUGUGUUUUAGGUUAUUGUCCUGCUGAAAGGUGAAUUUAUCUCCCAGUGUGUGUUGGAAAGCAGACUGAACCAGGUUUUCCUCUAGGAUUUUGCCUGUGCUUAGCUCUUCCGUUUCUUUUUAUCCUAAAAACACCCUAGUCCUUGCCGGUGACGAGCAUACCCAUAACAUGAUGCAGUCACCAUCAUGCUUGAAAGAGUGGUACUCAGUGAUGUGUUGCUGGAUUUGCCCCAAACAACAUAAUGCUUUAUAUUCAGGAUAUAGUUAAUUUCUUUGCCACAUUUUUUGCAGUAUUAUUUUAGUGCCUUAUUGCAAACAGGUUGCAUGUUUUGGAAAAUGUUGUAUUCUGUACAGGCUUCCUUCUUUUCACUCUGUCAUUUAGGUUAGCAUUGUGGAGUAACUACAAUGUUGUUGAUCCAUUCUCAGUUUUCUCCUAUCACAGCCAUUAAACUCUGUAACUGUUUUAAUGUCACCAUUGCCCUCAUUGUGAAAUCCCUGAGCGGUUUCCUUCCUCUCCGGCAACUAAGUUAGGAAGGACGCCUGUAUCUUUGUAGUGAUUGGGUGUAUUGAUACACCGUACAAAGUGUAAUUAAUAACUUCACCAUGCUCAAAGGGAUAUUCAAUGUCUGCUUUAUUUAAUUGUUAUCUGUGGUUCUCAGUAGCUCAGCUGGUAGAGCACGGCGCUUGUAACGCCAAGGUAGUGGGUUCGAUCCCCGGGACCACCCAUACACAAAAAAAAAUGUAUGCACGCAUGACUGUAAGUCGCUUUGGAUAAAAGCGUCUGCUAAAUGGCUUAUUAUUAUUAUUAUUAUUAUUAUUAUUAUUAUUAUUAUUAUCUACCAAUAGGUGCCCUUCUUUGCGAGACAUUGGAAAACCUCCCUGGUCUUUGUGGUUGAAUCUGUGUUUGAAAUUCACUGCUUGACUUAGGGACCUUACAGAUAAUUGUAUGUGUGGGGUACAGAUAUGAGGUAGUCAUUAAAAAAAUCAUGUUAAACACUGUUAUUGGACACUGAGUGAGUCCAUGCAACUUAUGUGACUUGUUAAGCACAUUUUUACUCCUGAACUUAUUUAGGCUUGCCAUAACAAAGGGAUUGGAUACUUGUUAACUCAAGACAUUUCAGCUUUUCAUUUUAAUUAAACAAUUUUCUUUUCUAAAAACAUAAUUCCACUUUGACAUUAUGGGGUAUUGUGUGUAGGCCAGUGACACUAAAUCUAAAUUUAAUCCAUUUUAAAUUCCGGCUGUAACAACAAUGUGGGAAAAGUCAAGGCGUGUGAAUACUUUCUGAAGGCACUGUAUGGCCUACAAAGGUAUUACAUUUGUCAAUAGAGUUCCUGAUCAUCUAGAAACUAAAUGGGAAGUGUUUUGCCAUUCCAGAUCCCACAGUUCCUCCUGGAUGACUGCAGCCGAAAUGGGAUCCCCUGUCGGAUCUUCUGCACGCAGCCCCGGCGUCUGGCAGCCAUCGCUGUGGCGGAGCGGGUUGCCGCGGAGAGAGGGGAGAGCAUCGGUCAGACCAUUGGCUACCAGAUCCGCCUGGAGAGCAGGUAGGAGCGAAGAAAGGGAGGGAGGGAGGGGAGGCACUAACUAGGUCUACUUUGACUGAGCUGCUGUGCGGAAAUUAAUGACUCUGGUUGACCCCUCAGGGUUUCUCCUAAGACUCUGCUGACCUUUUGCACCAGCGGAGUCCUGCUGAGAACACUGAUGGCCGGAGACGCCACAAUGUCCGCUGUUACUCAUGUCAUUGUGGUGAGUACAAGUUAUUGUUACCCUUUUGUUAUAGUUCACUGCCUUGACUGUAUGCAGAACUGUCAACCAGCAUGCAUUUUGCAUACCAUGCACGCAAUUUGAGGUCAAAGUACACUGGUACGAACAACUAACCUAAAAUACGCAAAAAAGGCUUCUAGUUGGCAUAUUGUGGUUUUUGACUCAACCGUCUGAAGUUGGAACUGAGCCAAUCAGACGUCUUGGGCAAAGAGAAGAAAUCUCUAGCUCUCCGCUCCGGCCUGCCGCUAUAGUCGUAGUACUAUUUUCCUCCCUCGAUCUGGCUGGAUGGCAGCGCUCCUCUUCGUCUGUUGAUACGACUGAUGUGUUAGGAAAAAGGGUAGGGAAAAUGGAGAACGAACUGUUUGCCAAAUACAUUUUCCAAAAUUGUAUGUGUUAGUCAAGCACAUGACGUCAAAGGUAGUUAGCUACAGCGUUUAGUCAAUUAAGCGAGGACACUUUCUUGCCCGCACAUGCUUUGAUCUCCACAACUGUAGUAGGCGCACGCACAUUGACGAACAAGGAAACAUUUGCGGUGUUGCGGUAGUUCAGUGCACGUUGCUGUGUGGAUGGAAACUGACAUGGCAUACAGAGCUGUUCCACUAAUAUCAUCCUUCACAAAAGUUAUGUUAGACUGUUAAAGAUUAGUAUGCCUAUGUUAAUAAAUCCGUUCUUGAUCUCCUCUUCAUAUAGCUAGCUGUAUGUCAACAGUAGGCUGCUAAUUAUGUGAUAAUAGUCAGUUCACCAAUGACAACAAGGUAUGCUGAAUGAAUGGUAGCCUAGUAGUCAGACCAAACUAGAUGGUUUGGUCAGGAAUGGAGAUCUGAAACAAGCUCAUAUAGGCCUAGUUCAGUUGUUUCAUAUUCCAAAUAGUCUACAGUAAGCUAGACUACUACAAUGCAUCCAGUAAUUGAAUAAAUAAUUUUCUCCCCAAGCAAAAUUAAGAAGCCAGUUUACAUUUUCUAUCCACAUAAAGACAUGAAUUAGAAUUUAGAGCUUGCAAGAAAGGCAUUUCAAUGUACUUGUGCACGUGGCAUUAAAACUUGAAACUAUAUUCAUUACCCCCUAAAUUUCAUUGAGACCACCACAAUUUAAUUUAGGAUUAAACACGACUUCUGUGUUGGCUACAAUGUUUGAUAUCAUUUAAGACUCUAGGUUUCAGAAAAUGGCAGUAACACGUUUUUCAAAAAUACAAAAUGCUCCAACUUCCUGAGGGGGAAAUUGACUGACCCCCUCCGGACCUCGCCCCUUCCCGACCUUAGUCCUACAUCAGCACCACCUUAUCAGAAAAUCCUAGGGAUAGCCCUGAUUGUACAUUUUAAACGUAUUUCUAGUUAGCUACUGAAGAGCAGCCAGUUAAUUUACAAUUUAGUCAUUUAGCAGACGCUUUUGUCCAGAGUGCAUUCAUCUUAAAAUGGAUAGGUGGGACAACCACCUAUCACAGUCAGUACAUUUUUCCUCAAAGUAGCUACAGUGAGGGGAAAAAAGUAUUUGAUCCCCUGCUGAUUUUGUACGUUUGCCCACUGACAAAGAAAUGAUCAGUCUAUAAUUUUAAUGGUAGGUUUAUUUGAACAGUGAGAGACAGAAUAACAACAAACAAAUCCAGAAAAACGCAUGUCAAAAAUGUUAUAAAUUGAUUUUGCAUUUUAAUGAGGGGAAAUUAGUAUUUGACCCCUCUGCAAAACAUGACUUAGUACUUGGUGGCAAAACCCUUGUUGGCAAUCAGAGGUCAGACGUUUCUUGUAGUUGGCCACCAGGUUUGCACACAUCUCAGGAGGGAUUUUGUCCCACUCCUCUUUGCAGAUCUUCUCCAAGUCAUUAAGGUUUCAAGGCUGACGUUUGGCAACUCAAACCUUCAGCUCCCUCCACAUAUUUUCAAUGGGAUUAAGGUCUGGAGAAUGGCUAGGCCACUCCUUUGUUGCCUUGGCCGUGUGUUUUGGGUCAUUGUCAUGCUGGAAUACCCAUCCACGACCCAUUUUCAAUGCCCUGGCUGAGGGAAGGAGGUUCUCACCCAAGAUUUGACGGUACAUGGCCCCGUCCAUCGUCCCUUUGAUGCAGUGAAGUUGUCCUGUCCCCUUAGCAGAAAAACACCCCUAAAGCAUAAUGUUUCCACCUCCAUGUUUGACGGUGGGGAUGGUGUUCUUGGGGUCAUAGGUAGCAUUCCUCCUCCAAACACGGCGAGUUGAGUUGAUGCCAAAGAGCUCGAUUUUGGUCUCAUCUGACCACAACACUUUCACCCAGUUCUCCUCUGAAUCAUUCAGAUGUUCAUUGGCAAACUUCAGACGGGCAUGUAUAUGUGCUUUCUUGAGCAGGGGGACCUUGCGGGCGCUGCAGGAUUUCAGUCCUUCACGGCGUAGUGUGUUACCAAUUGUUUUCUUGUUGACUAUGGUCCCAGCUGCCUUGAGAUCAUUGACAAGAUCCUCCCGUGUAGUUCUGGGCUGAUUCCUCACCGUUCUCAUGAUUAUUGCAACUCCACGAGGUGAGAUCUUGCAUGGAGCCCCAGGCCGAGGGAGAUUGACAGUUCUUUUGUGUUUCUUCCAUUUGCGAAUAAUCGCACCAACUGUUGUCACCUUCUCACCAAGCUGCUUGGCGAUGGUCAUGUAGCCCAUUCCAGCCUUGCGUAGGUCUACAAUCUUGUCCCUGACAUCCUUGGAGAGCUCUUUGGUCUUGGCCAUGGUGGAGCGUUUGGAAUCUGAUUGAUUGAUUGGUUCUGUGGACAGGUGUCUUUUAUACAGGUAACAAACUGAGAUUAGGAGCACUCCCUUUAAAAGUGUGCUCCUAAUCUCAGCUCGUUACCUGUAUAAAAGACACCUGGGAGCCAGAAAUCUUUCUGAUUGAGAGGGGGUCAAAUACUUAUUUCCCUCAUUAAAAUGCAAAUCAAUUUAUAACAUUUUUGACAUGUGUUUUUGGGAUUUUUUUGUUGUUAUUCUGUCUCUCACUGUUCAAAUAAACCUACCAUUAAAAUUAUAGACUGAUCAUGUCUUUGUCAGUGGGCAAACGUACAAAAUCAGCAGGGGAUCAAAUACUUUUUUCCCUCACUGUAUCAGCAAAUUCGGAGCUAGUAAGGGAGGGGGUAAGAAAGUCAAGUACGAGUGUUAGUUCACGAAAUACAAUUUUAUUUGGUGUGGGUGCUCUGGGAUUAUUUAACAUACUCAUUGAAAAGGUAGGGUUUCAGAUAUUUUCGGAUGAUGGGCAGGGACUCUGCUGUCCUAGCUUCAGGGGGAGGCUGGUUCCACUAUUGGGGUGCCAGGGCAGAGAAGAGCUUGGACUGGGCUGAAUGGGAGCUGCCCUCCCAUAGGGGUGGGAGGGCCAAGAAACCAGAGGUGGCAGAACAGAGUACUCAGGUUGGGGUAUAGGGUUUGAGCAUAGCCUGAAGGUAGUACCUUGCUGCUCCGAAGGCAAGUACCAUGGUCUAGUAGUACCAAGUACCCGUAACAGUCUAUAGCCUACCAUUCCUACUGAGGCAGUCUUCUGCCAACAUCAUUAUUAGGCCAAAAAAAUUGCAUUUGCGUACGAUUUGAGCAGUGUGGGUGUAGCACGCACACCAUCGUGGGGGCCUGGGGUGCUGCCGCCGCGCUGAAGUGGUACUCAUAAACAAUUAUUCAAAGUUGUCAGGUCUGCCACAGAUAGAACAAUGAGCCAGAUGUUUCACCGGAUGUAUAAAUCUGAAGCAUCCGGUUGGCAUUUCCACUCACCACCAAAUAUGGUGAUGAGGAAGUCCAGUGGGAGAAGAUGGAGCGUGAUGGAUUUUGGCCGACAUUCUGCAAAUUUUCUCAUCGAUAAAACAUUUUCAUCUCAAUAUAGUUUUAUUUCCCCAAAACUAAGAUCUGUUACGAACAGAAUGUUUUGUAGACUUUACCCUUUACCAAAAUGUUUAAAAAUUGCGUUGUUUAGAAGGACUGCAAGGGCGGAUUUAGCUAUUGCACACACACACGCACUUCACAGAGUAGGCGUUCCCUAACAUAAAUAUGCAAACAUGUGCUAGAAAACGCCAAUAGGAUCUCGCUAGUUUGUGCUUGGCUCUGCCCACCUCCUUGCUUGUUCUGCCCACUAUGAUUAAUUUGCUCCCAUUGGAAACGACAGGCUGUGGUCUAUCUUGAGUUAGUUAUAAAAAUCUUUGGGUCUGCUGUAUGAAUGCACAUCAAUGACUUAAUACUGUUAAGCCUGUACGUCCUGCCUCUUAUCCAAUCAGGAUGAGGUUCACGAGCGGGACGGCCUGAGUGACUUCCUGCUGACCAAGAUGAGGGACAUGCUCCAGACGAUGCCCAAUCUGAAGCUCAUCCUGUCCAGCGCUGCCCUGGACGUGGAGCUGUUCCUCCGCUACUUUGGCUCCUGUCCUGUCAUCCACAGUAAGUAAUCCCCAUGUGUUUGGAUAGGCCACAUCCAGAGAGGAGAGUGCAGAAAUCACUACAGAAUCACCUAAUCUAUUCAUUUGAAAUUGGGACCGGGAUUCACCAGUGAAACCAUUACCUGCAAAAGCCAGCUAAUUGCAGGGGAAGACAUCUGUAUGGAAGGGGCUAGUGCUUGUCUUGACUGGUCCUGCCAGCAUUGAUUUGUUAAGUGAAAUUAAUGAAAUGGGAAAUUAAGGAUUUAUCAAUUUUUCUGCUUUUAUCUAGUCAAAGGAAGACCAUUUGAGGUAAAGCAACUUUUCCUGGAAGACAUCUUGAGGACAACAGGCUAUUCAAACAAAGACAUGAUGAAAUACAAAAAGGCGAUCCAGAGGGGUAAAUACCAACCAUCUGUCAUUCCUUGUUUGCUUGAUUUCCACUUUGAUGUCCAGUGUCUCCAAGACUGAACGAGUGUAUGCGUGUGUCGUCCCUGGCAGAGGAAAAACAGCAGACGUCUCUGACAGAGUGGUGUAAGGUGCAUGAGGGCGGCUCCCGCCAGGAGCCUAAGAGGGAGAAGACCACCUCGGCCUCCUGUGUCCUUCAGGAGAACGACCUGCUGGACGACGGAGGGGACAGUGUCUUCACCCAGCUGGUGAGAACAACAGUGGAUAUGGGCCAUGCUUAUUUCUCAAUAUCCGUGUUUUCUAGGGAUAUGCAUCUUUCCCUUUCAAAACGAUUCGAUGUGUAUCUAGAUACACUACCAGUCAAAAGUUUGGACACACCUACUCAUUCAAGGGUUUUUCUUUAUUGUCAAAAUAUUUUACAUUGUAGAAUAAUAGUGAAGACAUCAAAACUAUGAAAUAACACAUACAGUGAGGGGAAAAAAGUAUUUGAUCCCCUGCUGAUUUUGUACGUUUGCCCACUGACAAAGAAAUGAUCAGUCUAUAAUUUGAAUGGUAGGUUUAUUUGAACAGUGAGAGACAGAAUAACAACAACAAAAUCCAGAAAAACGCAUGUCAAAAAUGUUAUAAAUUGAUUUGCAUUUUAAUGAGGGAAAUAAGUAUUUGACCCCCUCUCAAUCAGAAAGAUUUCUGGCUCCCAGGUGUCUUUUAUACAGGUAACGAGCUGAGAUUAGGAGCACACUCAGUGCUCCUAAUCUCAGCUUGUUACCUGUAUAAAAGACACCUGUCCACAGAAGCAAUCAAUCAAUCAGAUUCCAAACUCUCCACCAUGGCCAAGACCAAAGAGCUCUCCAAGGAUGUCAGGGACAAGAUUGUAGACCUACACAAGGCUGGAAUGGGCUACAAGACCAUCGCCAAGCAGCUUGGUGAGAAGGUGACAACAGUUGGUGCGAUUAUUCGCAAAUGGAAGAAACACAAAAUAACUGUCAAUCUCCCUCGGCCUGGGGCUCCAUGCAAGAUCUCACCUCGUGGAGUUGCAAUGAUCAUGAGAAGGGUGAGGAAUCAGCCCAAAACUACACGGGAGGAUCUUGUCAAUGAUCUCAAGGCAGCUGGGACCAUAGUCACCAAGAAAACAAUUGGUAACGCACUACGCCGUGAAGGACUGAAAUCCUGCAGCGCCCACAAGGUCCCCCUGCUCAAGAAAGCACAUAUACAGGGCCGUCUGAAGUUUGCCAAUGAACAUCUGAAUGAUUCAGAGGAGAACUGGGUGAAAGUGUUGUGGUCAGAUGAGACCAAAAUCGAGCUCUUUGGCAUCAACUCAACUCGCCGUGUUUGGAGGAGGAGGAAUGCUGCCUAUGACCCCAAGAACACCAUCCCCACCGUCAAACAUGGAGGUGGAAACAUUAUGCUUUGGGGGUGUUUUUCUGCUAAGGGGACAGGACAACUUCACCGCAUCAAAGGGACGAUGGACGGGACCAUGUACCGUCAAAUCUUGGGUGAGAACCUCCUUCCCUCAGCCAGGGCAUUGAACAUGGGUUGUGGAUGGGUAUUCCAGCAUGACAAUGACCCAAAACACACGGCCAAGGCAACAAAGGAGUGGCUCAAGAAGAAGCACAUUAAGGUCCUGGAGUGGCCUAGCCAGUCUCCAGACCUUAAUCCCAUAGAAAGUCUGUGGAGGGAGCUGAAGGUUCGAGUUGCCAAACGUCAGCCUUGAAACCUUAAUGACUUGGAGAAGAUCUGCAAAGAGGAGUGGGACAAAAUCCCUCCUGAGAUGUGUGCAAACCUGGUGGCCAACUACAAGAAGCAUCUGACCUCUGUGAUUGCCAGCAAGGGUUUUGCCACCAAGUACUAAGUCAUGUUUUGCAGAGGGAUCAAAUACUUAUUUCCCUCAUUAAAAUGCAAAUCAAUUUAUAACAUUUUUGACAUGUGUUUUUCUGGAUUUUGUUGUUGUUAUUCUGUCUCUCACUGUUCAAAUAAACCUACCAUUAAAAUUAUAGACUGAUCAUUUUUUUGUCAGUGGGCAAAUGUACAAAAUCAGCAGGGGAUCAAAUACUUUUUUCCCUCACUGUAUAGAAUCAUGUAGUAACCAAAAAAGUGUUAAACAACCAGCUUCAUGAGGUAGUCACCUGGAAUGCAUUUCAAUUAACAGGUGUGCCUUCUUAAAAGUUAAUUUGUGGAAUUUCUUUCCUUCUUAAUGUGUUUGAGCCAAUCAGUUGUGUUGUGACAAGGUAGGGGGGGUAUACAGAAGAUAGCCCUAUUUGGUAAAAGACCAAGUCCAUAUUAUGGCAAGAACAUCUCAAAUAAGCAAAGAGAAACGACAGUCAUCAUUACUUUAAGACAUGAAGGUCAGUCAAUACGGAACAUUUCACGAACCUCAAGAAAGUUUCUUCAAGUGCAGUCGCAAAAACCAUCAAGCGCUAUGAUGAAACUGGCUCUCAUGAGGACUGCCACAGGAAUGGAAGACCCAGAGUUACCUCUGCUGCAGAGGAUAAAUUCAUUAGAGUUACCAGCCUCAGAACUUGCAGCCCAAAUAAAUGCUUCACAGAGUUCAAGGAGAGUGAUGGAGUGCUGCAUCAGAUGACCUGGCCUCCACAAUCCCCCGACCUCAACCCAAUUGAGAUGGUUUGGGAUGAGUUGGACGGCAGAGUGAAGGAAAAGCAGCCAACAAGUGCUCAGCGUAUGUGGGAACUCCUUCAAGACUGUUGGAAAAGCAUUCCAGGUGAAGCUGGUUGAGAGAAUGCCAAGAGUGUGCAAAGCUGUCAUCAAGGCAAUGGGUGGCUAUUUGAAGAAUCUCAAAUAUAUUUUGAUUUGUUUAACACUGUUCUAACACAAGUGUUAAUUCAUAGUUUUGAUGUCUUCACUUUUAUUCUACAAUGUAAAAAUAAGUGAGUCCAAACUUUUGACUGGUACUGUACAUGGGCUCCGAUAUGAUACAUUUAAGUUUCAAACGAUUCUGUUUGAUUAGAGGAAUGAAUAUAUGCGAUAUGAUUCAAUGCACUAACAUUUGUUGCAUAAACACAUUCAUUUUCCAUUCUAAAAUAUGGAGCUCAUGCUCUGGGCCUCUCUGAGCCUAUUUUUUUUGUGUGUGUAAUCACCUGAGCUGAGCCAUAAGGGAAACUGAGCAUCUACCACCCCACUAUCAGUUAGGGGGGUGGGGGUGGUUUAAUGUUUGCUUUUUUUGUCUCUCCCCACACACACACUUGAUCUGAAAUCACCAUCACCCACUAAUGAAUUUGUAAUUGUUGCUGAUUAAAAGUGUUAGAGCUAGUGAUGUAUCAAUAUUUAUCUAAAAAAAUUAGCAAUGAGAUAGCCAAUGAAGGAAAAUGUUAAGCUUAAUGACAAUUUGCUAGACAACUGUACUGUGUGCUUUAAAGCUAUUAUCCAAGUUGAAGGGGAGUAUGAAAUGUAGCACAACUUUGGAUUUCACCCCGUCUCAUAAUCAAAUGGUUUAGACUAGGGGUACUCAUCCCUUACCCUAUGAGGUCCGGAGCCUGCUGGUUUUCUGUUCUACCUGAUAAUUAACUGCACACACACCUGGUGUCCCAGGUCUAAAUCAGUCUCAGAAAAAAAUGUAGUUGAACUGGCUUUGAGGUCCAGAGUUGAGUUUGAGGGGUUUAGACAAUUUGGAAGUUUUGUCAACUUGGGAGUGAGCUCGUUUUGGCUAGAUGGAAUACAGUUUGUCAGAUUGUACUUUUCUUAGCAGGUUAGGAGAACUUACGCAGCAGGUUAGGAUAAUUAGGUUAAGGUUAGAAAAAGGGUUAGGGUUGGCUAAAGUGCUAAAACAAAUAUAUACAGUGGGGAAAAAAAGUAUUUAGUCAGCCACCAAUUGUGCAAGUUCUCCCACUUAAAAAGAUGAGAGGCCUGUAAUUUUUAUCAUAGGUACACGUCAACAAUGACAGACAAAUUGAGGAAAAUAAAUCCAGAAAAUCACAUUGUAGGAUUUUUAAUGAAUUUAUUUGCAAAUUAUGGUGGAAAAUAAGUAUUUGGUCACCUACAAACAAGCAAGAUUUCUGGCUCUCACAGACCUGUAACUUCUUCUUUAAGAGGCUCCUCUGUCUUCCACUCGUUACCUGUAUUAAUGGCACCUGUUUGAACUUGUUAUCAGUAUAAAAGACACCUGUCCACAACCUCAAACAGUCACACUCCAAACUCCACUAUGGCCAAGACCAAAGAGCUGUCAAAGGACACCAGAAACAAAAUUGUAGACCUGCACCAGGCUGGGAAGACUGAAUCUGCAAUAGAUAAGCAGCUUGGUUUGAAGAAAUCAACUGUGGGAGCAAUUAUUAGGAAAUGGAAGACAUACAAGACCACUGACAAUCUCCCUCAAUCUGGGGCUCCACGCAAGAUCUCACCCCGUGGGGUCAAAAUGAUCACAAGAAUGGUGAGCAAAAAUCCCAGAACCACACGGGGGGACCUAGUGAAUGACCUGCAGAGAGCUGGGACCAAAGUAACAAAGCCUACCAUCAGUAACACACUACGCCGCCAGGGACUCAAAUCCUGCAGUGCAAGACGUGUCCCCCUGCUUAAGCCAGUACAUGUCCAGGCCCGUCUGAAGUUUGCUAGAGUGCAUUUGGAUGAUCCAGAAGAGGAUUGGGAGAAUGUCAUAUGGUCAGAUGAAACCAAAAUAUAACUUUUUGGUAAAAACUCAACUCGUCGUGUUUGGAGGACAAAGAAUGCGGAGUUGCAUCCAAAGAACACCAUACCCACUGUGAAGCAUGGGGGUGGAAACAUCAUGCUUUGGGGCUGUUUUUCUGCAAAGGGACCAGGACGACUGAUCCGUGUAGAGGAAAGAAUGAAUGGGGCCAUGUAUCGUGAGAUUUUGAGUGAAAACCUCCUUCCAUCAGCAAGGGCAUUGAAGAUGAAACGUGGCUGGGUCUUUCAGCAUGACAAUGAUCCCAAACACACCGCCCGGGCAACGAAGGAGUGGCUUCGUAAGAAGCAUUUCAAGGUCCUGGAGUGGCCUAGCCAGUCUCCAGAUCUCAACCCCAUAGAAAAUCUUUGGAGGGAGUUGAAAGUCCGUGUUGCCCAGCGACAGCCCCAAAACAUCACUGCUCUAGAGGAGAUCUGCAUGGAGGAAUGGGCCAAAAUACCAGCAACAGUGUGUGAAAACCUUGUGAAGACUUACAGAAAACGUUUGACCUGUGUCAUUGCCAACAAAGGGUAUAUAACAAAGUAUUGAGAAACUUUUGUUAUUAACCAAAUACUUAUUUUCCACCAUAAUUUGCAAAUAAAUUCAUAAAAAAUCCUACAAUGUGAUUUUCUGCAAUUUUUUUUCUCAUUUUGUCUGUCAUAGUUGACGUGUACCUAUGAUGAAAAUUACAGGCCUCUCUCAUCUUUUUAAGUGGGAGAACUUGCACAAUUAGUGGCUGACUAAAUACUUUUUUUCCCCACUGUACGUUUGACAUUAAUUUGACAAAAGCUGUAUCCCUUCUAGUCAUGACCGAGUGAGUUUCUCUUCUUCUCCCACUUCGAUGCAGUGUGGGUAGAAAAAUAUUUUGUUGUCCUCGUUUAUGAAAUUAUCAACGUUACCUUGUAUAUCUAAAAAUGACUACAUACUGAUUGUUUCAAGCAAAACUACCUACCAACUAUUGCUGAUGGUGAACCUGAACAAUCAAAAUGAAAUUUAAUGUAAGCCCCGAUCAGCAUGUAUAGCUAGAUAAAAUGUAUAGCGCAUUUGCUAACAAUAAUCGAUUUCCUGAACAAUGCAUGCUACAUUUUGGAUCUGUUUGGGGUCCUGCAGACUUACGCACUCAUAUCUUAGGCAUUGGUCCCCGGUUCAAAUGUUUAUCGGUGAAUCGUUACAUCCUUAAUGAUUUUGAUGUUAUUUUUCCAGUUGCUUCAGUUAUUUUCAGUGUAUAUACACUCUGGAUGCACCAAAGUGAUGCCACUACUUAUUUUCUGAUUAUUCACUGAUUGCUCCUUAGUUCACCAACGUCACUGAGGAUAUAUUUCCUGGUUCUUACUAAAAGUGGCACUGGGUUUGUUAUCAGUUUGAUACAGGAUGUCUUGUUUCAGAAUGAGAAAGAUGUGGCGUCAUUGGACCCGUGGCUGCUGAAGGAGAUGGACGCCUGCAUCUCAGACAUCUUCCUCAACCAGGACGCUGACGCCUUCGUCCAGCUCUUCAAUCUCAUCCUGAGUGAGAACGUCAGCGGUAAGCUGGGUUUUGUAUGCAUCCUUAAUUAUGCAUCCAUCUCAUUCCAAAAUCAUGGGCAUUAAUAUGGAGUUGAUCCCCCCUUUGCUGCUAUAACAGCCUCCACUCUUCUGGGAAGGCUUUCCACUAGAUGCUGGAACAUUGCUGCAGGGACUUGCUUCCAUUCAGCCACAAGAGCAUUAGUGAGGUCGGGCACUGAUGUUGGGCGAUUAGGCCUGGCUUGCAGUCGGCGUUCCAAUUCAUCCCAAAGGUGUUCGAUGGUGUUGAGGUCAGGGCUCUGUGCAGGCCAGUCAAGUUCAUCCACAUUGAUCUCGACAAACCAUUUCUGUAUGGACCUCGCUUUGUGCACGGGGGCAUUGUCAUGCUGAAACAAAAAAGGGCCUUCCCCAAACUGUUGCCACAAAGUUGGAAGCACAGAAUCGUCAAGAAUGUCAUUUUAUGCUGUAGCGUUAAGAUUUCCCUUCACUGGAACUCAGGGGCCUAGCCCGAACCAUGAUAAACAGCCCCAGACCAUUAUUCCUCCUCCACCAAACUUUACAGUUGGCACUAUGCAUUCAGGCAGGCAGCGUUCUCCAGGUAUCCGCGAAACCAAGAUUUGUCUGUCGGACUGCCAGAUGGUGAAGCGUGAUUCCUCACUCCAGAGAACGCGUUUCCACUGCUCUAGAGUCCAAUGGAGGUGAGCUUUACACCACUCCAGCCAACGCUUGGCAUUCCGCAUGGUGAUCUUAGGCUUGUGUGCGGCUGCUCAGCCAUGGAAACCCAUUUUGUGAAGCUCCCGACCAAUAGUUAUUGUGCUGACGUUGCUUCCAGAGGCAGUUUGGAACUCAGUAGUGAGUGUUGCAAACGAAGACAGACGAUUUUUAUGCGCUUCAGCACUCGGUGGUCCCAUUCAGUGAGCUUGUGUGGCCUACCACUUCACGGCUGAGCCGUUGUUGCUCCUAGACGUUUCCACUUCACAAUAACAGCACUUACAAUUGACCGGGGCAGCUCUAGCAGGGCAGAAAUUUGACGAACUGACUUGUUGGAAAGGUGGCAUCCUAUGACAGUGCCACGUUGAAAGUCACUGAGCUCUUCAGUAAGGCCAUUCUACUGCCAAUGUUUGUCUGUGGAGAUUGCAUGGCUGUGUGUUCGAUUUUAUACACUUGUCAGCAACGGGUGUGGCUGAAAUAGCCGAAUCCACUAAUUCGAAGAUGUGUCCACAUACUUCUGUUUAUAUAGUGUGCUCAUUUGUGUAUUAAAUAAUGACACCAAUGUUAUAGAAAAUGUAUAUUUUUGAGAGUAAUAUUCCCAAUAGUUAUCAGCCAGAUAUGUCUUCCUCCUCCCCUUCUGCUCCUCAGUGGACUACAUGCACAGUGAGACGAGCGCCACUCCCCUCAUGGUGGCAGCAGGUCGAGGCUUCCUCAGUCAGAUUGAACAGCUUCUGAGUAUGGGAGCCAGCAUCAGAAUCAAGGCCUCCAAUGGCUGGUAAGGGUUUAUUAAAUAACUGUAUAAAUGCAUCAUAUUUUUAGUUACUCUAUACACCAUAACUAAGUCUGAAAUCUUGAUCAGUAUUUGGUUUGUUUCAGGACUGCACUGGAUUGGGCCAAGCACUUUCAGCAGGCAGAAGUGGUGGACCUACUAGAAUCCUUCCUGUAAGAGCACCGUGUAUCACUGUAUCAUUAUUAUGAAUGACCACAUGGAAACCCUGGCUUUGUUUGUGGAGGAUGAUAACUGAAAUCUUCCUUUCCUUGGUAGCUCAUCCCUGGAGGCGGGGAAGCUGGACGAGUGGUCCCUGGUGCAGGCGGCCACCACAGAGAUGAGCCCGGAGGAUCAGGAGCUGCUCAAGGAAUACCACCACAGCUUUGACGACGAGAGGGUGGACCUGGACCUCAUCAUGCACCUGCUGCACAACAUUUGCACCAGCUCAGAAGACGGUAAGAGAUUGUCUUGUCUAGUGACUACUUGAUAGUCUUGUGUGUUGACUACUUGACGAGUUUUGUUUAGUGACUACUGGAUGUCUUGUACUUUUCAAAUGUUUGAUACAAAGUGUCAGUGCCAAUUUUCCUUGCUUGUAUUGAACAACAAGUUCCAUUUCAUUUCAAAUCUUUUCCAUGUCAGGUGCGGUGUUGAUCUUUCUCCCCGGAUACGAUGAGAUAGUGGGUCUGAGGGACCGUAUCCUGUACGACGAUAAAAUAUUCACAGAUCACUCUCAAAGGUACCGUCAGUUAAAUGACUGGCGAGAGCAACGUGUCACUCUCAACAUAGUUGAUAAUUGGGCCAUCGGUAUUUCAACUUAGCUCGUCUAUUUGUGGUAAUGAUUCUGUACAUCAAUCUAUUUACUUCUUAUUUUCCAUGCUGUUACUCCAUGUUCCUGCUUAUGCAAGCCAAAUGUAAAAUUUACACCCAACACAUUUGCAAGUCAGAUUAGGAAACCUCACUAGAUUUUUUUUUUAAAUGGACAAAUAGACCUUUUGUCCUGUUUGAACCACGUCUAGAACCUCAGAUCUGUGUGUCAUUUCUCCAUAGGUACAUGGUCUUUACACUCCACUCCAACAUGCAGACCUCGGAUCAGAAGAAAGUGCUGAGGAACACUCCUGCUGGAGUCCGGAAAAUAGUGAGUGUAUUUUUACUUCUGCCGUGCUGGCUAACACACCAAAGAUCAGUUUGACCACUUAAAUUAAGCCUACAUUUGGGGCCCGAAGUGUUCCUUAAAGUGGCAGUCAGCAGUAAAAACAAUAACAAAGUGUAAAAAGCUGAGGGAUGGGGCUGGAGAAAUGUAACCACUCUCAAAUUCAUAGACAGAGCUAUGGAUGCAAGGACUGACCAUCCAUGAUAUCAAAAUUAUAUUUUAACCUUUUAAGGAUCUGACCCUUUUUUUCAAUUUUCGCCUUAAAUGUCAUACCCAAAUCUAACUGCCUGUAGCUCAGGACCUGAAGCAAGGAUAUGCAUAUUCUUGAUACCAUUUCAAAGGAAACACUUUGAAGUUUGUGGAAAUGUUAAAUUAAUGUAGGAGGAUAUAACACAUUAGAUCUGGUAAAAGAUAAUACAAACAAAAAAACGUGUUUAUUUUUUAAUCAUCUUUGAAAUGCAAGAGAAAGGCCACAAUAUAAUAUUGCAGUUUAGGCACAAUUUAGAUUUUGGCCACUAGAUGACAGCAGUGUGUGUGCAAAGUUUCAGAUUGAUCCAGUGAAGCAUUGCAAUACUGGACUAUUUUGUAUCAAGUCUGCCCAAAUGUGCCGAAUUGGUCAAUUGAUACAUUUUCAAGUACAUAACUAUAGAGAACAUACAAAAAUGAUAUGGUAAUACAAAAUGUACGUUUACACACUCCCAGGAAUGUCAUACAUGAUGGAUCAUUAGCUUAUACACUAACUUUCACACAUCUAGAUGGCUUGGCAGUUUGGGUGUGGAGGAAGAGACAGCAGGGGUUCAAACUGUAAUAAUAAUAAUAAUAAUAAUAAUAAUAAUAAUAAUAUUCCAUUUAGCAGACGCUUUUAUCCAAAGCGACUUACAGUCAUGCGUGCAUACAUUUUUUAUUUUUGUGUAUGGGGUCCCGGGGAUCGAACCCACUACCUUGGCGUUACAAGCGCCGUGCUCUACCAGCUGAGCUACAGAGGACCACAAAACUGUAGAACCCAGUUCCUACAUUUGAAUAUAAAAAUGGAUUUUAUCAAACAAAACUAUGCUACGUUUUAUCUCUGGGACCCUUAAGAUGACAAAUCAAAGCAAGAUUACUAAAUGCAAGUACAUUAUUUACCUUCAGAGGUGAAUGUAUCAAACCAGUUGCCGUGAUACGUUUUUUGUUGUUGUGCGCUCUCCUCAAACAAUAGCAUGGUAUUUUUUCACUGUAAUAGCUACUGUAAAUUGGACAGUGCAGUUAGAUUAACAAGAAUGUAAGCUUUCUGCCCAUAUAAGACAUGUCUAUGUCCUGGAAAGUCGGCUGUUACUUACAACAGUCAUGCUAAUCACAUUAGCGCACGUUAGCUCAACCGUCCUGUAUACGGGACACUGAUCCCGUAGAGGUUAACCAUGUUUUGAAGCUUUAUAGUGUUUGUUUACAAACAGAGUAAAACAAGUUUAUAUUUUGGGUUCUGAUGGGGUAGGACAGUUGAACUAAGCUCAUGAGGCAUUUAUAAGUUAUAUUCUUGAAGAAUCAAUGGGUAAAUAUCAAUAAUUUAUAUGUCCAAAAAUGUAUGUAGCAACUGCUGAUUGUCCCUGUAAACCAAAAUACCAUUCAACCCCAGCUUCUUGUUCAGAAAUCAAGUAUUUUCUUCUCUUCCUCAGAUUCUCUCCACUAACAUCGCAGAGACAAGUAUCACCGUCAACGAUGUCGUGUUUGUCAUUGACGCAGGAAAAGUAAAAGAGGUUAGAAUCACUUUGAAAACAAGGCUACUGCUGCCAUUUUUCCUAUUUUGUUGCCUUACAACCUGAAAUUAAAAUGGAUUUUUUGUGGGUUUGUAUCAUUUGACUGGGGACUACAGGUAAGCUUCAUAAUGAAAAAUUGUGUGACAGGUGUAAUGAAGAACAAUCUUUUUUAUCUCCUAACAUAUUGCACAAGUUGACUGCAGGUAUUUACUUAAAAAGCAGCUCCAAAUGUUCAAAUAAAUCGUUUUGACGGUAUUGAAAUCAUCCCGUGGCUUUUUCCAAAUUCCCCUUAAUAUGGUGUGUAUGUAUAGUGUAUUCAGACCCCUUGACUUUUUCCACAUUUUGUUAAGUUACAGCCUUAUUCUAAAAUUGAUUAAAUUGUUUUUUCCCUCGUCAAUCUACACACAAUGCCCCAUAAUAACAAAGCAAAAACAGGUUUUUAGAAAUAAAAAAACGAAAAUAUCACAUUUACUUAACUAUUCAGAGCCUUUACUCAGUACUUUGUUCAUGUACCUUUGGCAGCAAUUACAGCCUAGAGUGUUCUUGGUGGUUCCAAGCUUGGCACACCUGUAUUUGGGGAGUUUCUCCCAUUCUUCUCUGCAUAUCCUCUCAAGCUCUGUCAGGUUGUAUGGGGAGUGUCGCUGCACAGCUUUUUUCAGGUCUCUCCAGAGAUGUUCGAUCGGGUUCAAGUCCGGGCUCUGGCUUGGCCACUCAAGGACAUUCAGAGACUUGUCCCGAAGCCACUCCUGCGUUGUCUUGGCUGUGUGCGUAUGGUCGUUGUCCUGUAGGAUGGUGAACCUUCGCCCCAGUCUGAGGUCCUGAGCUCUCUGGAGCAGGUUUUCAUCAAGGAUCUCUCUGUACUUUGCUCCGUUCAUCUUUCCUUCGAUCCUAACUAGUCUCCCAGUCCCUGCCGCUGAAAAACAUCCCCACAACAUGAUGCUGCCACCACCAUGUUUCACUGUAGAGAUGGUGCCAGAUUUCCUCCAGAUGUGAUGUGUGGCAUGCAGGCCAAAGAGUUCAAUUUUAGUUUCAUCAGACCAGAGAAUCUUGAUUCCCAUAGUCUGAGAGUCCUUUAGGUGAGUCCUUUAGGUGCCUUUUGGCAAACUCCAAGCAGGCUGUCGUGCCUUUUACCGAGGCGUGGCUUCUGUCUGGUCACUCUACCAUAAAGGUCUGAUUGGUGGAGUGUUGCAGAGAUGGUUGUCCUUCUGGAAGGUUCCCCCAUCUCCAUAGAGGAGCUCUGGCACAGUGACCUUCGGGUUCUUGGUCACCUCCCUGACCAAGGCCCUUCUACCCCGAUUGCUCAGUUUGGCCGGGCGGCCAGCUCUAGGAAGAGUCUUGGUGGUUCCAAACUACUUCCAUUUAAGAAUGAUGGAGGCCACUGUGUCCUUGGGGACCUUCAAUGCUACAGAAAUGUUUUGGUACCCUUCUCCACGAUCUAUGCCUCAACACAAUCCUGUCUCCUAGCUCUACGGACAAUUCCUUCGACAUGACUUGGUUUUUGCUCUGACAUGCACUGUCAACUGUGGGAUCCUAUAUAUACAGGUGUGUUCCUUUCCAAAUCAUGUCCAAUCAAUUGAUUUUACCACAGGUGGACUCCAAUCAAGUUGUAUAAAAAGCUCAAGGAUGAUCAUUGAAAACAGGAUGCACAUGAGCUCAAUUUCGAGUCUCAUAGCAAAGGGUCUGAAUACUUAUUUACAUAAGUUAUUUCUGUUUUUUAUUUGUAAUACAUUUGAAAACAAUUCUAAAAACAUGUUUGCUUUGUCAUUAUGGGGUAUUGUGUGUAGAUUGAUGAGGAGAUAUAUAUAUAUAUAUAUAUAUAUAUAUAUAUGUGGUUUUUUUAAAUCCAUUUUAGAAUAAGGCUGUAACGUAAACAUUUUUGGAGAAGGGGUCUGAAUACUUUCCGAAUGCACUGUACAGUAUACUGCCCAAGCCUAGAACAGCCUCUAGUAAAGAUGAGGUCAAGCAUAUUGCCUGCCUUGUGAUUGGGAGUGGACUGGGAAAGGGUGAGGUCAAAAGAGGCAAGAAGAAAUUAAUCAAAGGCAGACGUCGGAAGGUUGAAGUCGCCCAGUACGAAGAGCUGUGUGCCAUCGUCAUGAAAUUAGCUUGUCAAGCUCAUUAAGGAACUCUCUUAAGGGCACCUGGUCGGCGAUGGAUGACAAUGUUAAGCUUGAGUGGACAAGUGACAAUGAUUGCAUUGAAUUCAAUUGAGGUGAGGGAGAAAAGAGGAACAUCUCCACUUAGGAGAAAUGAAUAGCCCUGUGCGACGACGAGAUCCUCUCGGACUAUGAGAGAACACGUAGUCAGAUGUAGAGCGAGCAGUUGGAGUAGCAGUGUUCUCUGGGGUGAUCCAUGUCUCUGUAACGGCCAAAAAGUCUAGGGACUGAAGGGCAGCAUAGGCUGAGAUGAACUCUGCAUUCUUGACCGCAGAUCGGCAGUUCCAAACGCUGCUGGAGACCAGGAAUUCCACAUGAGUUGUGUGCGCAGUAUACACUAAAUGAGAAGGGUUACAGCCAAGGGGUGGGGAGUGUCUGUAAAGCCUACAGGGAGAGGAGCGAACAGGUAUAGAAAACACACACACAGUUUCCAAAGCUACAAAACAGCAAAAUGAGAUCUGAAAAUAACUAGGUAAGAUACUCAAGUGAGAGAGUGGUGUGGAGCCUACCUCUCUUUCCUUCCUCGAAUAUCUCUGCAGAACAGCUCGGCCAAACUGUUUUAGUUUGGGCAACGAGACCGCCGCGGAUGAGACCGCCACUUGCCGCUGAGAAACAGGGGAGAUUGAAGUACUAACACUAAUUGCCUAGGAGAGGAGAAACCACUCCCCCUCCAAUACAGCCACUGAUGACCAAAACAAAAACCGUCACAACUUGCCCUGCCCCGUAAUCAGGGUUGAUGUGUCAACAAUAAUCUGCAAAUUAUGAGUAGUCAGCAGUUCACACACCAAGUAGGCUACUGGGAAGACAGACAACACUUAAAGUAGAUUACACUAGCUAUUAAAAAGACAGUACUAGACAGAAUUUAAGACAACAAUUAUACUUAUCACUCCUGGAGAUAUCAGGAGUCCUCUAGCUAUAGAAUUAAGCACACCCCCUCUGAUAGAAUACUGCACACACUCGCUGACAGAAUACUUACUGCACCCCCCUUCAAAGAAUACUGCCCCCCCCCACCCCAACGGAAUAGCAAAUCUGAUACGUGAUUGUUUCGCCAUCACAGAAGUCCUUUGAUGCUCUGAACCAUGUGACCAUGCUGAAGAUGGUGUGGAUCUCCAAGGCCAGCUCUCUGCAGAGGAAGGGCAGGUGAGCCACAGAUCCGGAUAUUCACCAUAGAAAUUAAUCAUGCAGAAUGUACAUCUGAGCCCUACCACAGAGGCACUCUAUAGACAUAUCCUGAUGAUAAGGGAGUAUCAUCUCUUAUGUAGCCUCAUAACAUCUUAAGCCCUCUUAUGGAUGUGUCCUGUGUUAUGUGACAGAGCUGGACGUUGCCGACCAGGGAUCUGCUUCCACCUCUUCAGUCGCCUCCGCUUUAACAACAUGCUGGAGUACCAGGUCCCCCAGCUACUGAGGAUGCCCCUUCAGGUAGACACACACACACUUUAAGCAGAAUGUAUGAAACAUACUUUAUACAGAUAAAGUUAUUAUAAACACUUGCAUGCAAGCAUACCCCUCACACUCUCAUAAGGCAGUGUUGAUUGUGGUAGUUAACCACCUCCCAUUUUCGCUCUCUCUUUCAGGAACUCUGUCUCCACACCAAGCUGUUGGCCCCAAUCACCUGUCCCAUCGCUGAAUUCCUGUCCAAAGCACCUGAGCCACCUCCCAUCCUCAUUGUCAAAAACGCAGUGCAGAUGCUCAAGGUAAAAGCUGGUAUUCUUUGUUUUGAACCAAUCAUGACCUGAAUAAUAUUUUGUCUGACUUUUGUCCUUUGUCAUUGACCACUUUUGUUAUUGAGGUGGAGGGCAUCGGUUCUUGGUGCUGUGACACUACAUAAUGACCAUAGAUAGAACACAACACUAACCAUUAAAUUGAUCCCCCAUCCAUAGACCAUAGACGCCAUGGACCCGUGGGAGGACCUGACAGAGCUGGGCUACCACCUGGCUGACCUGCCUGUGGAGCCCCACCUGGGCAAGAUGGUGCUGUGUGCCGUGGUGCUCAAGUGUCUAGACCCUAUCCUGACCAUUGCCUGCACGCUGGCUCAUCGCGACCCCUUCGUGCUGCCCUCCCAGGCCUCCCAGAAGAGGGCAUCCAUGCUGUGCCGGAAGCGCUUUACUGCAGGGACCUUCAGCGACCACAUGGCCCUGCUCAGAGCCUUCCAGGUAACGGGGGAAUUUGGGGUUUAAUGAAAGAACUCUGUCAAAUUGCUGUUGAUGUUUAGAGCUAAAUGUUUUUCAUGCAUUAUUAGCUUGAUUUGACUGCACAAAUCGCAUUGAAAAAAACACUGUCCAAGCGACAUCAUUCCUAAUUACAUCUCUCCUGCUGUGUUGUAGGCGUGGCAGAAGGCCCGCAGCGACGGCUGGGAGAGGUCCUUCUGUGAGAAGAACUUCCUGUCCCAGGCCACCAUGGAGAUCAUCAUAGGAAUGAGGACCCAGCUGCUAGGACAGCUCCGAGCAAUAGGUCAGCCUUACCUGUCUUGUUGUAUGCUCUCCCUCUGGGUAAUACAGUGGUUCUGAGGGCUCAGGUGGAGCAUGGUGGACCAAGGUUGUGGGUUUGUAUACUGAAUGUAUUAAUUUGACUGUAAGUGGUGUUGGAUAAAGACUUAUGCUCUACUGAAGCCCACACAACCUCCAACUUGUCCUCUGUGAAAUGAAUAGCCUUGUGAGUCAUCCACUUGUCUUGGUGCCCAACAUGUCCUGUGGCCUUUCUCUUUGUCCCCCCCACCACCACACACACAGCACCACCGUUACUCAUAUCCUGUGGAAUUUCUCUGUCCCUCCCACCUCCCCCCUACACACACGCACACAGCACCACCACGGCUCCCUCGAAGGACAGCUCCCUCACAGAAAAAUCUAGACAUUGAUUCCUUUUCCAUUGUGUUUUCCACCACCAGGCUUUGUGCGGGCACGGGGCGGCGGGGACAUCCGUGACGUGAACCUGAACUCUGAGAACUGGUCAGUGGUGAAGGCAGCACUGGUGGCCGGAAUGUACCCCAACCUGAUCCACGUGGACCGUGAGAGCUGCUCUCUCUCCGGGGCCAAGGAGAAGAGGGUCCGCUUCCACCCCACCUCCAUCCUCAGCCAGCCACAGUCCCACAAGAAGGUAGCUAGCACACAUCCUCUCUCCAACUACUUGACCUAUUUCUUAUUUAGCUCCUAGUGGAGCAAAGGGUCUUCAGUGAACCCUGUUUAGGGCAGUUUUCUUAAAAAUACAGUAGGUGCUUCCUGUCUUCAUUAUUUAUUUAUUUUUACUCUAUGCUUACAUUCAGUCCAAACCAUAUAUACUCAAACCCUAUUAACCCAAACCAACCCUGACUCAAAGCAACAAACUAAAAACAUGUUUGUACUUGUAUCUCUUAGAUCCCCCCAGCCAAUGGUCAGGUGGCGGCCGUCCAGUCCCUUCCCACCGAUUGGUUGAUCUAUGACGAGAUGACGCGAGCCCAUAGGAUAGCCAGCAUCCGCUGCUGCUCUGUGGUCUCCCCCCUAACCGUAGCCAUCUUCGGGGGUUGUGCCAAACUGCCCAGCACAGCCCUACAAGAACCUGCCAUUCAGAAAGGUAGGGUUAUCUAACUGAAGGAAACAUCCUUUACUUUUACAUUUUAGUCAUUUAGCAGAUGCUCUUAUCCAGAGCGACUUACAGGAGCAAUUAUCCUUUGCUACACAUUGUCUUUCCCAACACCCCUUAUUUUAAUUGAAUUAAAUUGAAGAAUUGAAUUACUCAAGUCUUGCCUGUAUUUGUAAUACACUUAAAGGGAUAUUUCACCCAAAUUACAUAUUGGUUUCCUUACCCUGUAAGCAGUCUAUGGACAAGGUAUGACAGUAAUCCAUGCUUUGGUUUAGUUUCCCUGGCACUGUUUUCACAUGCUAACGUUUUAGCAUUUGUGGCGGAAAUCCCAUUUAAUUCAUGGGACCGAUUUUAGCAUUUUUCAAAACAUAUAAUUGACUUUGAGCUUCACAAUCAAUUUUAGAUACUUCCGGAUGAUUUGGACAUGAUGUGUGAAAAAUGCUAAUAUCGGUCCCAUGACUUGAAUGGGAUUUGUGCCACAAAUACAAUAACAUUAGCAUGUGGAAACCGUGCCGGGCAAACUAAACCAAAGCAUGGAUUGCUGUCUUACCUUGUCCAUAGACUGCUUGCAGGGUAAGGAAACCAAUAUGUCAUGACUGCUCCAAAGAGACUCUUGUAGUUAGGGCUGGGUGGUAUAUCGUGAAUACCGGUAUGGCUCCAUAUACCGCUAUGGAUUUUUACAAUAUAGUCUAUAACGAUAGGUUGAUCCAGUGCUAAAUAAAUGAAAGUUCUACAAAUUGGACUACUUCUGUCAGUUUUGUCCUAGUUUGGUUGUGUAUAAAAUAAUCAAUGGAGAAAUCUCAUAAAACCACUAAGAAUCAAUUUGUUGCCAUCAUAGGGUCAAGCACUACUCUUUUAAUCUAUUUAGAACUUUUAUUCAGAAGCAUAAAAUACUGCGAAUUAUGGCCAACAUGAGAAAAUGUUGUGAUAUGAUAUUUUGGCUGUAUCGCCCAGCCCUACUUGUAGAUAUCACUCUCUGCCUGUAUGGUCACUAGUUGACGUGUAUUCUGUAAAUGAUGAAACCUAACCUCCCGAGUGGUCUAAGGCACUGCAUCUCAGUGCUAGAGGCGUCACUACAGACCCUGGUUCGAUUCCAGGCUGUAUCACAAUCCAGCCGUGAUUGGGAGUCCCAUAGGGCAGCGCACAAUUGGCCCAGUGUCGUCCUGGUUUGGCCGGGGUAGGCCGUCAUUGUAAAUAAGAAUUUGUUCUUAACUGACUUGCCUAGUUAAAUAAAAUACAAAUACCUAUGUUCCUGCUGUAGAUGACAUGUUGAAUGAGAGUAGUGACAGUGAGAUUGAGGAUCGCUCCACGGCCCACCUGGCUCAGAUGAAGAUCGACGAGUGGCUCAACUUCAAACUGGACAGAGAGGUGAGGACAAAGCUUGGUUAUUUUGCAGUGCUGAUGUGCUCUGUAUGUACUCAGUGCCUUUCAAGCAAUACAACUGGGCUUUUCAUUUCAACAGCAGUUUUGCAUCUAGUGUUCAUCUUAUCUGUAUAACCCACUCUCUCCUCCCUCACUACCUCCCUCCCUCCAUCCUUCUGUCUGUCAGAUGGUGGGUCUGGUGUUCCAGCUGAGGCAGAAGUGGCACGGUUUGUUCCUGAGGAGGAUCCGCUCCCCCUCCAAGCCCUGGUCCCAGCUGGAUGAGGCCACCAUACGGGCCCUGGUGUCGGUCAGUUCUACACUCUGACUUAAAUUAUGAAAGAAAUACUGGAAAUACCACAGUAAAUGGGCCUGUAAACCUGGUAGCUGUACCUGUCACUGACCCAUACAUCCCCAUCCUGUCUCCAGGUGCUGGGGGCUGAGGAUCAGACUGCGGGGCUGCAGCAGCCCACAGGGAUUGGCCAGAGGCCCCGGCCCAUGUCCUCUGAGGAGCCCCCCCAGACCACCUCCUGGAGGAACGCCAACAGCAGGAGGACCCCCGGCCCCACAGCCAGCCCUGACACCCCAGAGCUCCCCGACGAACCCCUCAUCCCCACCCCCUCACACACAGUCACAGACAGGUGGGGAGAGGGGGUCAGUAUUUACAGUACAAUGCCUUAUAGCAAGGGGCGGCAACAGGCAGCCCGCGGACCAAAACCGGCCUGCAAUAUCAUUUGUUUUGUGUAUUUAUUUUGGCGGGGGGGUCAAAAAAAGAAAUCACUAGGAAUUCAGCUAAAAAUGUGCUUAAUUUAGGAAAUCUGUUCCCAAAUAUUCCCACGAAUAAAUAAAAUAAAAAUAAAAGAUGUGAUCAUGUCUCAAUGUAAUCAAGGUAUGAAGUGAUUGUUAUUUUCAAAUACAAUCUCUUUUUGGGCAUAGUUGUGGUCAAUUUGCAGUGUAAAAAUUAUUAUAAUUAUGUUCCGGCUUCCCGACCAUCCGCUCCGACAAGAAUCCGCCCAUGGCUGAAUCUAGUCGCCCACCCCUGCCUUAUAGGUUAGCGAAGGCUAUAUCAACCUGUUAAUUAAAUUUUUUGUAAACCUGAUCUAUGUCCAGUUCCAGGCCAGUCCUCUAACCCCCCAGACCAUCCACCCCUCCCCUCUUCCUCCAGGUCUUCCAAACUCUCCCCUUCCUCCAGACUCUCCCCUGCCUCCAGACUGUCCCUUGCCUCGGCCCUCCUGCAGCCCAAAGCCCCCCAUGGCAGCAGGGACAAGGGCUCCAGGCGCUCCACAGAUGACCACUCCUCCGCCACCAAGUCUCCUGAAUCGUCUUCACUCGGCUUCCCCAGCCCCUGUCCCAGCCCCUCCCCCACCUCAUCAGGAAAGGUACACAAAUAACCAAUAUCUUUAUUACUACAGGUUUGGCUCCAGCAACAGUUGAAGUCCUUUAUCCCAGUGUGUAACUCUAAAUCUAUCAUAGUUUCUUAACUCAACGUCUCCCUCAGUGCUCCAUGUCUCCGUCCCCGCGGCCAGGCGGUGCGCCAGUGCGUUACUUCAUCAUGAAGAGCAGCAACCUGAGGAACAUUGACAUCUCCCAGCAGAGAGGCAUCUGGUCCACCACGCCCAGCAAUGAGCUCAAACUCAACAGAGCCUUCCUGGAGAGCAGCCUGGUCUUCCUGGUCUUCUCUGUGCAGGGUUCCGGACACUUUCAGGUGUGUGUGUGUGUGUGUGUGUGUAAGUGAGAGGAAAUGGAGAAUUGGCAGACUAACAUGUCAUUUUCGUGCCGCUCAGGGCUAUGCGCGGAUGACAUCGGUCAUCGGGCAGGAGCGCUGUCAGGACUGGGGCUCCUCAGGGCUGGGGGGGGUCUUCAGUGUGGAGUGGACCAGGAAGGAGAGCCUGCCCUUCCAGUGUGCCCACCAGCUGCUCAACCCCUGGAACGACAACAAGAAGGUGCAGAUCAGCAGAGACGGACAGGUGGGUUACCUGACUAACAUCAAUACAGUCACAUCUCCAAAACACACCCAUUAAAAUGCCCUCCAAGACAUCAAGUGAGAUGACUGGUUUAUUUGUCGGGGACGAUGCACAACCAAUAUAUUGCUAAAUAACUCAUUUUGUUUUGCGUCUCACUCCCCUUCCUCACCUCUCCUCUCCCUCUCUGCCUCCUGGUGUAGGAGUUGGAGCCCCAGGCUGGAGGCCAGCUGCUGCAGCUGUGGGAGAGAGACUCAGGGAAACCACAACAGCAACACGAG